AUGCUUGGUCUUGGAGCAUAUGAAAGUAGCAGUGAAGAUGAGGCAGGACCUCCCACCUCUUUACUGGUUCCAGAGCACAAGAAGAAAGAGCAGCCAGUUGAAAUUUUGCAGGCCAAGGAUAAUUACAUUCAAGCAGGGACACAUCAAAACAAAAUUUCCCAAAAAACGACUUCCAAUGCCGAACCCGCUGGGCCUGUUCUAGGGCCUUCAGACAUCCAAAUGGCGCAGCCAUCAGCUGAUCCCUCACCAACCGGGCAGUCCUCUCCGUUUUUAGCAUCUCGGACACUUAUACAUGAUUUAACACUUCCUCCGGUGCCGAAUUUGGACAUACCGCCGUCGCCGCCUGGUUCUCCCGAGCCCAUGGCGAAUGCGAAAUUCACACAUUUCCUAUCAUUAAAGAAGCAAGGUAUCCAUUUUAACGAAAAGUUGGCUGGAUCAACCUCCCUUAAAAAUCCCAGUCUGCUAAAAAAGCUGAUGGAUCAUGCUGGGAUUGAUGGUCAAGCACAAUACCAUACAUCACUUCCCAUUGGUGUAUGGGAUACUGCUAAUUUACCGCAAUGGGGGUUCAAGGAAGCACUUUUGAAGUCACAACAAGAAAUCCGUCAACAAACAGAAGAUAAACGGCUUGCAGGUCACAGAGGCUCGAUUGAGGACGAUAUCUACGGCCCUUAUAACCCGGCAUAUCUUCAGACCUCUGGUCCUAAAACUCACACUCAGUCACCUGCUGUGACCGGAACGUCUGUCAUAGCGGUAAAGUUCAACGGAGGAGUCGCGAUUGCGGCUGAUAACCUGGCCUCAUAUGGAUCGCUUUCUCGCUUUACCGACGUUAAACGGCUCCGCGUUUUUGGUGAUGCCGCGGUGAUCGGGUUUGGUGGCGAUGUGUCUGAUAUGCAGUACAUUGACCGACUGUUGGAAUCCAUGGAUAUCAGAGAAAAUUACUCGACCCACGGGAACAUGCUCAACGCAAAGAACCUCCACACCUACUUAUCCAAGGUUUUCUACAAGCGCCGUUCUGAGUUCAAUCCGCUUUGGAACCACAUUCUUGUUGCGGGGUUUGAUGGAGAUGAGAAGCCUUUCUUGAGCUCUGCAGACCUUCUUGGAACAACUUUCUCGGCACCGCAUCUGGCCACUGGCUUCGGUGCCCACCUUGCUGUUCCAAUUCUCCGUCGACUGUUCCCUGAAGAGAAGCCUAUCGAGGAAAUCAACAAAGACCAAGCAGUUGCUGCUCUUAAAGAAUGUCUUAAAGUUUUGUGGUAUAGAGACGCUCGGAGUCUCGACAAGUAUUCGAUAGCGGUGAUCACUAAAGAAGGUGUCGAGUUGAAGGAGAACGAGCAGAUUGAAGCUCAAAGCUGGGCAUUCGCUGAAGCCAUCAGGGGAUACGGAGCUCAGGUCAACUAG